AUGCCUCCAGGAAAGAAACCCAUUGGAUGUAGAUGGGUAUACAAAACCAAAUACAAUGCUGAUGGUACUAUAGAAAGAUACAAGGCACGUCUGGUGGCAAAAGGAUACACACAACAAGAAAGGAUAGACUAUUUAGACACUUUCUCCCCUGUUGCCAAACUCACCACUGUUAGACUACUUAUUGCCCUUGCAGCCUCAAAUAAUUGGUUUCUACAUCAACUUGACGUGGACAAUGCUUUCCUUCAUGGAGACUUAAAUGAAGAAGUUUAUAUGGAACCACCACCUGGUCUUAAUACCCAUAAAGAGGGUCAGUCAAAAUCUGAUCACUCUCUCUUUAUCAAAGGCACUUCUACAGAUUUCACUGCCUUACUUGUCUAUGUAGAUGACAUCAUAUUGGCUGGAAACUCCAUGACUGAAAUCAACAGCAUAAAGACUUUGUUGCACAACAAAUUUCAAAUAAAGAACCUAGGAGAACUCAAAUACUUCCUAGGCUUGGAGGUGGCCAGAUCUAAGAAAGGUAUACACCUAUGUCAAAGAAAAUAUGCGUUGGACAUCCUUAAGGAGACAGGAAUGCUGGGAUGCAAACCAUCUUCUACUCCCUUUUUAUGUGAUACAAACACACUAUAUAGAGCAGACAGUUACUUAGAUGACCCUGGAUCCUAUCGACAAUUGAUAGGGAAGUUAUUAUAUCUCACGAAUACCAGACCUGAUUUGUGUUUUUCCAUUAAUCUAUUGAGUCAGUUUAUGAAAUCUCCCACUAACCAUCAUUAUCGGGCUGUACAACAUGUUCUUAGGUACAUCAAGUCCAAGCCCUCAGAGGGAUUGUUCUUUGGAGUUGAUUCUCAAGUUCAUAUAAAAGCUUUUAGUGACUCAGAUUGGGCAACGUGUCCAAAUACUAGAAGGUCCACUACAAGGUUUUGUGUUUUCCUUGGAUCAUCCCUAAUUUCGUGGAAAUCCAAAAAGCAAAGCACUGUUUCCAGAUCUUCCACCGAGGCGAAAUAUCGUGCCCUAGCAGCCAUUGUAUGUGAGAUACAGUGGCUUCACUAUCUCCUACAAGACCUUCAAGUACGGGAAGCUGGAACUCCUGCCCUAUAUUGUGACAACAAAUCAGCGCGACACAUAGCUCAUAACCAGAGCUUUCACGAAAGGACCAAGCACAUAGAGCUUGAUUGUCACGUUGUUCGUGAAAAAAUACAGGCCAAUCUCUUACGUCUUCUCCCUGUCCGGUCGGAUGAACAGCUGGCUGAUGUCUUCACAAAAUUUCCCCAUCGCGUGCGGUUCAAAUCCAUUGUUCCCAAGCUUGGAUUAGUGAGUAUACACCAUCCAGCUUGA